GCAAGUUUGCGUUUGCUGUGGGUGAGAGGCUGGUGAGGGAGAUAGAAGUGUCUCAUUGGGGGAACGUGGAGGUCACGGAGCAUUACAAUCUCGUUCACCGUGGGGCUCAGCUCAAGGGAGAGUUUUCGAGGUUUGAGUAUCAAGACAGACCUAAUCCACAAGGAGUGUUUGCCUUUAGGCAUUUACUUGCCAGAUAACCACUCCAUUUGCUGUCAAGCAGUCUCACGAGGUAACACUGGCUCUUGUCUUUAUCACUGUUUAACCUUUGUCUAUGUGUGUUUUGAUUCUGAUAUUUGAGCUCUUUGUUUUGUUCAUCACUUGCAUCAUAUACACGCGGGCUGACUUCUCAAUCUCCAAGUCUUCUGCUGCUUAUUUGGCCAAACUCCAAUGGGAUGAGGUAAAGCACAUGUACAUGUAGUCUACCAAUAUCUUGUUACUCUGAUAGAUAUUAAGUGAAAGCGCUUCUUGUGUUAAUUAGGUCCUAGCAACACUCCAGGAAGUUCAAAGCAUCAUCCAUAAGUGCUUAGCUUGUACAUGAUAAGCUUGAAGCAUCACUGCGUGAUCUAUCAAGAACCGGUGACAUUCAAACAUGCAAAGCUUCUCGCAAAUCCACUGACAGUUUACUGAAAGAUCUUUCGAAAGAACUCAGACCUUUCCUAGCUUCUUUACAGUCUCUCCCAUCAGCCUCUCAGAUAUCUCCAAAGGUUUUGAAUAUCUCUCCAUCUACUACUAAUCUCUUAGGUCCCAGGUUUGCUUAAUUGUCUCUUUUGUCACAGGUUGAAGAGCUAGUUUCGAAGGAGAAAGAACUUCAAGAGAAGUUGAUGGCCAAACACACCACUGUUGUAGAAGGGUACGAGAAGAAAUGAUCAAGGCGUGAUAUCGAAUAGCUUUGAGGCAAGAAGUAGAAGAUCUUCUUGACUUCAUUGAUGAGAUCUAGAAAGAGUUAAAUGUAGCAGAGAUCCUCUUAAAGCUUGAAACCAGACUUUUGAAUGUCACUGCCGUUGGAACAACUCCUUAAUGAGCAGUUUUUGUCAAUUUUGAAAACAGCUCUUGUUCCUUUCUAAGACAUAAACCUUUAGUUAAACUUUGAAUCACAUACCAGAGAAGUUUGGGAUCGUAUCCACUGCUUGAUUAUCAUCGUCAUCAUUCAACAACCUCUGUCUCAAGCUCUAUCAUUGAAACAGUUUAUCGCAACGCUAAGCUCGUCUCACCAAACUCACCAGUCUCUAACCUUCAGGGAAGUUCAUCACAGCAGCAUCCAGAUUUGGCAGCUCUAAUUAACUUGGUAAUCUUGAAAGCUUUAUCGGUAGUAAGAAGAGGAGGUUUGUUAUUGUUGUGGAUGAAUAUAUAGGGGAAGUCUCUGCACAGAUGGUUGCAACUAAGAGUACUCACAAGGUAUAUAAGUAUUAUUAUACCAAUCUUUUAGGUGAUCAAAUUAGCUUAUGAGUUAUGAGGGAGUAUUGGACUUCAUCUAUCGUUUUAUAAUGUACCCCAGUGCAGUAAUUUAAGGAAAUGUGAAAAAUGUGUUAUUAGUUCUACUGAUCUCAAAAUAAUAUCUAAAAUCAAGUGUUAUUUAGUUUACAGAUUAUUGAUUUGGUAAUAAAAUUUUAGUGAAUUUGGAAAUAUUUUGGACUCAUCAAGCCUUUUCUUAAUUAAACAAGACAUCAUCACAUCCAUUCGUAUUUGAUUUGUGACACUUAUCUCUUUUUAACGUUUUGUGUUAUUCUUCUGAAAACGUGCUGUUGUUAAUACUAUGAUCUACUUGUUACAUUUCCAAGUCAGCCUUAUUUGAUUUGUAAAUCCAUUUAUUUAAAUUUAAAACCAAUGGAUUGUAUAUACAGGGAUGUGAAAACCAAAUGUAAAAAUCCUACUAUCAAUCAAGGUUCGUAUAUUUUUAUUGGAGGAUUUAAAGAGAAAGCAUUCUAGAAAAAACAGAAAAUUCCAUUUCAAUAACAAAAUUAAACUGCUCAAUUUAGUUCCAACGGAAAAAAAAAAAGAAUGUUGGAAAAAAAAACAGAAGUAAGAAUAGAAGGACGCGCAGUUCCAAAAUUAGGUCUCACGGAUCCUUUAUUUUCUCUUCAGUUGCUUUCAAAAUUGAUCAGUUGCUUCCCCUCACCACGUUUUUAAAAACAAUUUAGACCCCUUUCUUCAAAGAUCAUCAUUCCCUUUAGAAGUUCGUAUAAAAUCUGUACAUUAGUAUAUGACAUUUUGUAUAAAUCAACUUAUAUUUUCUCUCCAACCAAGAUUCUCUUUCCUUCUUUAGGAAACACUAUUCAAUCAAAUCUUGCCGUUUGUCUUGAUGGCUUCAUAAUUUCCCUCUUUUACUUGAAUUAAAGAGAGAAAAGAAAGUUUCAAGGAGCUAGGUUAGAUGUUGGACAUGAUCUCAAACCAGAUCCUUCUCUGAAUCCAUUUUCUUCCACCACUGUUGUUGUUUUUUCUUGGUUCUUACGUUUCAUUUCAUUACCUAAAUUUUAUAAGCAAGAUGAGCUGUUUCUCUUGUCUCGACACACGAACCCAUGACAUGAGAAUCAACAUUGAUACCGUUCCUUACCUAACCGAUGAUUCCUCAGUUGGCACAAGAGGCGAUUCAAUAGGAGCAAGGUCCAAAUCUGGCAUUUUAGUUAAUGGGAAAGUGAAUAGCGCUAAACCCGGCGGUGGCGCACGGAGUUUCACGUUCAAGGAGUUAGCCGCCGCAACCAAGAACUUCCGGGAGGAUAACAUGAUCGGAAAAGGAGGGUUCGGUAGUGUCUUCAAGGGACGUUUAUAUUCAGGACAGGUGAUUCAAGCUCUCUGUUCUAUAGUUCUAAAACAUCUGAAACGUUGUAAGAAAAUUUAUGGGAACUUGAAUAAAACGUUACAGGUGGUGGCUAUCAAGCAACUAAACCCAAAUGGGCAUCAAGGAAAUCAAGAGUUCAUAGUCGAGGUUCUCAUGCUUAGUGUCUUCAGCCAUCCAAACUUAGUAACUUUAAUUGGUUACUGUACUUCUGGUGCUCAAAGACUUCUUGUUUAUGAAUACAUGCCAAUGGGUAGCUUAGAAGAUCAUCUCUUUGAUCUUGAGCCUACUCAGAAACCUCUAAGCUGGAAUACUCGAAUGAAAAUCGCUGUUGGUGCAGCUCGUGGCAUCGAGUAUCUUCAUUGUAAAAUAAGCCCAUCCGUGAUAUACCGUGACUUGAAAUCUUCAAACAUUCUGUUAGAUAAAGACUUUAACCCUAAACUCUCUGACUUUGGACUUGCUAAAGUCGGUCCUGUCGGUAACCGGACACAUGUGUCUACUCGUGUCAUGGGUACUUACGGAUACUGUGCUCCCGAGUACGCAAUGAGCGGAAAGUUAACCAUUAAAUCGGAUAUCUACUGCUUCGGUGUUGUGUUGCUUGAGCUGGUUACUGGUAGGGAGGCUAUUGAUUUGAAUAAACCAAAUGGAGAACAAUAUCUUGUUUCUUGGGCUCGACAGUAUCUCAGCGAACCUAAAAAAUUCGGACAUCUAGUGGACCCGUUGCUGCGUGGAAAUUACCCAAAGAAGUGUCUUAACUACGUGAUUGCCAUUACAGAGAUGUGUUUGAAGGAGGAAGCUAAUCAACGACCGACAAUAGGAGAUGUUGUGGUGGCAUUUGAGUAUAUAGCUGCUCAGAGCAAAUCUUAUGAAGCUAGAAGAGUGUCUCGCAAGUCUACUGACUCUGACCGGUCAAGAGAGGAAACAAAACAGAGUUUCUAAGUUAUUUGAGUCAAAUGUGAAACCUCUGGUACAACCGUAAGCAGAAGGUUGGUGAUAAGACCGCGUAAAAUAUUUAUCUUUGUUUCUUUGUUUUUCCGGGAGGGUUUUGUUUAGUCAGUUUAAUAAUGGGAUUUUCGCACCUUAAAAUGAAGCUUAAUGAUUAAAAUAGCAGCAUAUAUUUUUAUAAUGAAAAUAUUUUGUGUUUUAUAAUGUUUUAGUGACUAUAGCUGAACUUAUAAUUUCGUAGGAUAAAUAUAAGAAAUUUAUGUAAAUUUAUGUUUAGAGACGUGGUAGUUAUGAAGUUUGAUAAUAUUUUCCAUAUUUAAUCUUUAUAAUACACUUUUUGUCAAUUUAUUUAUUUUAUAACAUGGUAUAUAUGUCUCCAAUUCGAGCCAUUGAUAUCAAACUAACUGUAUGAAUGUGACAUGCAUGAUACAAUGAUAUAGUCAACUUCUGAAACUAUUUGAGUUUUUCUCACAAGAAAAUGAAUUGAAUGUAAUAAAUGCAAGUAGGUGACGAACGGACUUUUUUUUUUGAACAUUAGGUGACGAACGGACUUACGCGGAAGUUUUAAUAUUUUAUAUCUUGAACACGCUGCCUAACCCGAUCUACACAUCAUUUCCCUUGUAUAGAUCAUACAAUCUGCCCACGUUUCCAUGAUAAUCUUAAAUUAAAACUAAACAAAAACAAAUCUAAACCAUCUCAUACAUCGGUCUUAGUGUCUUAUUAUUAUCUUAUGCUGACCUUAAAAAGAUUUAUUUGGACCGUCAACGACCGCGUUUGUGAAAGAAAGCCACAGAACUGGGAAAUAUAACCUUCAAAUAUGCAUUCUUUAACCAUUAGUCACAUUAUGUGUGUUUAAAAAAAAAAAACCAUUAGUCACAUUAAUUAUAACUAUACUUAUCAAAUAUCAUGCUCAUGCAGCUCAUCGUUUCAACGUAUUAGCGUUAGUAACAGAACAUCCGGAUGUAUAUGGUUUUGACUCUCGUUUUCAUAUAUUUUCUACUCUUUCUAAUAAAAGUUUCAUACACUGUCACAAAUAUACCCGGACCCGCCUUAUUAAACAUGAUUUCUUCUUGUUUGACCUUUUUCCCAAUGAUAUUUUCUAAGAUUUUUCCUUACACACUGAUCACUAUAUGACAAACUGGCAGAAAAGCGUCUUUUAGAUUUACGACAUACUAUUUUUAUUAAGUUUUCCGCAAUAGACCUCUUCUCUUUUCCGCACCAAUCUUAAUUGACUACUAUUGAUUUGUGUUUUUAAAUAGAUAAUUUUUUUACUUUUGACCAAAAAGAAAAUAGAUACUUUUUACUGAUAUCUCGAAUUUGUUUGCUUUUAUUUUAUCAUUCAAUGUUGGGUCAAUGUUAGAAUUUCUUUGUUUGCUUUUAACUCUACUUGUUACGUCAUCAAGGUGACGUAUAUGAUUGGCGGAGUCAGAGUGAAUGUACUUCGGUAAUAACAAGUACGAACAAUGUGCAAAUUAAAUGAUUGAUAUCUAACCAUAUAUUCAGUGUUAACUGUUAAGUUAAUAGUUAUGAUUUACUUUCUCUCUGACUAUUUUUUCCUACCUUUUUCUAGGUUUUUGCUUUGCCUCUUCGUUUUAUGGUGUCGCGUCCUCUGGAAUGAUCGUCUACGGGUUAAAUGGGUGUAACGGUCCUGGGAGGGUGAGUUGGGGUCAGCAAUCUUCAGCUUCUUCCGUACGACGGCAUCGUCAUGUGUUGGCGGUAGGUGUUUGUGGAAUUUGCUAGUUGGGUCGGGUUUGAUUCUUUGUACGGGUUGUAGUUUGUGGGUUUGACAGAAGCUGUAGGUGCUGUGUGUUUUAAGGUUUUGAGGGCACCUUUCUCUCCAGUUGCUCGUAGCAACUAGUCGCUCACUCCGCUCUUGCCUUGUCCUCUAGUCUUUCGCUGCCACGCUUUGUGUUUCUCCAUUGUCCUAGUCUAUGCUCUUUUACUUUGGUUAUACUUUGCUGCUAGGUCCGAUUGUUAGUUUAAUUUCUUGCAUCUUUGCUACCAAUUUUUCUUUUUACUGUCUGUAGAAAAAUCAAACCAAAACCCUAACUGCUGCAAAUUAUAUCUUUCUAUUUGCUCUCAUACGUCGGCGUGAGAGGCAUCUCGUCUCCCCUUUUUGUGCCUAAUAGUUUUUCACCUGUGGUUGAGAUUUAUUGACCAAGCUUGAGUUUGUGGCAGUCUUUCACUCUCCGAAAGUU